GAGCAGGAAGUUAUGGCUUGUGGGCGUCGUCCUUUGGGCUCCCUGUGCAUAUAUAAAGAGCUCGCCAUUUGGUUGAAAUCCUUCAUCUUCCCUCGUCCCCCAUCAUCCGCCUGCGCCCAUGGGCGACGAUAUCCCUGCCUUUCGUUGGAACUCCAACGAGACCCUCGAUGAGGCAGGGUAUCAGCACAUGUUGGACCUCCUUGAGCAAGGUCAAAACGUCGAUCGUGUUGACCACGGGUCCGUCAGCCCAGCUCGUCCUCCUCCUUCCCUUUUGGAUGCAUUUUCCCUGCGCGGAACGGCUGAACAGAGCACCAUGGAUGCUCUGCCUGACAUAUUGGGCCAUCUGAUCUCAUUUGACGAGAUUGCUCAAGAACGCCACAGUGAUGACGCGUCCUCGGAUGCGACGACGCAGGUGGACUCGCAGGAGUAUAGCGAUCAGGGUACAAUCAGUCGAUCGGGUAACGCACUCAUGCUGGAAGGCUGUGUCGAGCCAGAGGAUGUGCCCGGUGCUUCAUCCCGCUCUCGACACAGCGUCGAUAACUGGUGGGAGGGAUCAUACUCCCACGAUUCCCCCACGCCGGUUUCCUUACCAUACAAUCAUUCUCCCUUGCGGACCGCUUCACCUCACUGCGGCCGCGAUGAACAUAUGUACGACCAGGCGGGGUUUGCAGAUGGUCUUGGUUUCGCAGACUUUGCUGUGACGCACCCAAUUUCGACGAGCAUGCGCGCAAUAUCGCCUCUCAUUGCUCCGUUCGAUGCUCCCAUGCCCUCCUCAUCUCCAGUUUGGUGCGCGACUACUGCCACUGAAAAUAGUUUGUACGUUCCGCAACGCGAUAACAUCGUUCUCCGACGAGCCGCAUCCUGUGCGGACCCGCUUAGCAGGCGUACGACUAUCAUGAGACCUAGAAGUGCUCUAACUACCUUACCCGAUCCCGUUAUUGCCUGCGAUGGCUGCCAUGACCAAUCCCCUCAUCUUCUGCCUCCGCUACUCCUGGUUCAGGCUUCCAAUGUUCCUGCGCAUUCCAUCGGAGUGUCCGCUGUCGCGUUCACACCUGAUAUACCCUCGACGCCGGAGACUGCAAGGAGUCAGGCAUCAUUUCAAAUCAACUCGCUGCGCUCCUUAACGUCGUUUCAGUCGAUGACUGCAAGCUGCCUGGCUACGGACACCUUCGAGAUGAUUACGCCGCGUCUCAGAUCGUCCCACUCGCUGACGACUAAUUGGAUUUUGUCACCACUGUACCCGGCCCCGUCGUGUUCUCCCCGUUUUCAGCCACCUAAGUCCUCGUGCAGUCAUGCUGAGCGCGCGGUCGUCCGAUCGGUAUCUGACAGAAGCAUCUCAGCUUCUGGCUCCGUAUCCGUUGUUCAAUGUCGGAGCGCACCCUAUGGAUCGCGCGCCGCUGCCGCUGGGCUGAUGGUUAGGACAUCACGACUCACAAGUCAUGCCUUGCCAGAAUGGAAGCCAAAGUGGACCGAAUUCGCAUUGCAGACGUUCAUUGGGAUGGAGCGCACAGUGCUGGUUAUCAAACCCGAGUGGGAUGACGAAACGCUCUUGCGGAAACUUAAGAAAACGUAUCGCAAGAAGCGCGGUUGGCUCAGUUGGUGCUGUAUAAGGACGGUUGUAAAGGUGUGGGCACAGGAUGACAUUGUCUAUCCGGAGCAUGUGAACCAAAGCGCGACGACCGAGCGUUGUAUCCAGCGAAUGCGGCAUUACCUCGAUCACCCGGACGAAUCGAAAGGUCGCCAUGAGUUUAUGGAAGCUCUAUCCAUGGACGAGCGCCAUGGCAUCGAGUACGUCGAGCGGUAUAAAGCCGCAUGGUUUUACUGCGCAGCUUUCGGGGCUGUCGUCGUUUUCUCUCUCACACCCUCUGUGAUAUACACUGUUCUCAAAGAUGAUGUGGUUGGCGGGUUCACAAUUGGCGUAUUUCUCUUAACCUGUCUUUUGGCGUUUCUGACCGUGGCAUCAAUCUGCAUGCCUGCGUUCAAAUAGACGGUUCACUGAAUUCACGCAUAUAUCAUUAUUCAUAAAUAUCACAAAGUAUACCCCCCAUUGUACUCCACAAAUGCUCUUCCAUUGUUGUUGUAACAGCUCACUCACAUUAGUAGCGGUCGAACUCCUACAUCAUCGCAUUAUUUACCUUUACAGUAGCUGGCUACCCUUCCCUUAAUGUUCUCACAUACCACCACAAAGCCGUGCUCGCAUACCCAUUGCACUAUCCAUACCCUCAUACAUAUCACAUACCCAUUACGACCAUUCUCCAGAGAUAAUCACCAAGUAGUGAUAGCUCAGACAUGUAACGUAAAAGACUUCUCAUGACAAGCAGAAAUACAGAGAUGGUCGACACAUAAGCAGCGUG